AUCGUCCCAACUUACCACGAAGCAAACAGCACGCACUGCUUUCUUGUGUAACAGACGACAGACAACACAGCAAGCACAAGCGCACUGAGCUUCCUGUUCCGUGGUCGUGCUUGUUCACUUACACCAUUGCCGCACAGCAUUCACCACGGCAUAGGACACACCACAACACAGGACACUGCAACACAGCAAGCGAUGGCUGCGAGGCGUGGAAUGGUGGAGCUGGACGGCUCCAUGCUGGAAGGAGGCGGGCAGAUUCUGCGCAAUGCCACGGCGUUUGCGCACGUGCUGGGCCAAGCAGUGCACAUCACCAACAUCCGCGCCGGCCGCGAUCGCCCGGGCUUGCGCCCGCAGCACCUGAAAGGCAUCUCCCUCGUGGCCGAGAUGUGCCAGGGCCGCCUCAAGGGGGACCGGGUCCAGUCGAAGGAGAUUGAGCUGCACCCUGGCGAGCGCAUCGGCGGCGCGUUCACCGCCGACACACAAACCGCAGGCAGCACGUGCCUCAUCCUGCAGGCGGCCCUGCCCUGCGCCCUCUUCUCCCCCUGCGACACCGUGCUCACCUUGCGCGGAGGAACAAACGCGCAAAUGGCCCCGCAGGUCGACUACCACACCAUGGUCUUCGAGCCCGCGCUCAGCCGCUUCGGCGUGUCCUCCGUCAACAUCACCGUGCAGCGGCGCGGGUUCUUCCCACGUGGCGGCGGCUGCGUCCUCGCCCAGUGUGCACCGGUCAAGCAGCUCAACGCGAUACAGCUCGUUGACCGCGGCGAGGUCAAGCGCGUGUAUGGGCGCAGCUUCUCCGCCGGCAAGCUGCCCCGGAAAGUGGCCGAGGCCAUGACAGAGGCUGCCGCCGCGAUCGUGCGCUCGAAACUGGGCGCUGAGGUGCCCAUUGAGAUUGACACCGUCCACGAGCCGCCACGCAGCGCAACCGGCACGGGCGCCGGUAUCAUCGUCAUUGCCGAAACCACAACGGGCUGUCUCCUUGCUGGCUCUGCCGUGCUCAACCAGCGCCAACGGGGAGAACACGCUGCCAAGAUUGCCGCGGACAUGCUUCUGGAGAACCUGGACCAUGGCGGCUGUGUGGAUGAAUACUUGAUGGAUCAGCUCAUCAUCUACAUGGCGCUGGCAAAGGGCAAGUCGACAGUUCGUUGCGGUCCGCCCUCGCUUCACACCAAGACGGCCAUCUGGGUGGCAGAACAGCUCACAGGCGUCAAGUUCAACGUGCGACAGGUGGACAAGGACAACGACAAGCUGUUUGAGAUUGAAGUUGAAGGCAUGGGACACACCAACGUCACGGAAGCAUGAGCCAGUCCGUGUGCGACCAUCCAUCGCUAAUCAAACAGAAUGAGCAUGGGACGUGACAGGCCACGUUUCCCUUUCACCCUUGCUUUCCCUCCCCUGCCUUCUUCUUCCUGUCCUUGCACAUGCUUCGAUGGGUAUGUUUAUCCUGUGCCGUGUGGUGCCAGACCGUGCACAGCAUUAGCUACAUACAACAUGCAACCUCCAAUAGCACCAAGAGAACGAGAACAAGCAAAGUGUUG